GACGCGAACGGGCAGUACGGGUAUGUCAAGUCAUGUGCCCUCCAGGGAUUGCCCGCUUUUAAUUCUGCACAGAAAAGACCUGUAGCUGCCUUGAAUACUUUAUAACCUCUGAGGAUGGUUUUUUUCUUCCUCUUUUUUUCUCCAAGGAAAGAGUUUACCGGAAGCCAGUAAUGCAGUGAGAGAGUCACAGAACACAGCUGCUGUAAAUAUUGAUGAGAGACAAAGAAAUGAACACCACUUCGAAGUCUAUUCGAUCAUUAUUGCAGAAUAUUGUCCUCCUCACUUUGAUAUGAACAGAAAAAAGAAAUGACUUUCCAAUAUCCAGCUAUCUUUAUCAUGACCUAACGCUUGAUAAACCACGCACAUACAUUUUCUUCCAUUCUCAAUUGAGGUUGUGGCUAUAAACUAUUACGACUCUGCUCGUUUAUGCAAAACAGCUGGUGCCAACGCUCAAAGAAAGAUUAUAACAAGACGCGGUAGAAACUCGAUUCGAAAUGAAGAUAACUUGUGACUUGAUGAUCUUUGUCCUUGUGUGUUUUAAUUUUGUUUACUUUCCUGCGGUUGGUAAGUUGUCUACCUUUAAGUUUUCUUAAUGAAGCGCUAUAGUACCGUGCCUAAUUAGGAAUGCUUAAUAGAGCCGAUCCUCAAAACUGUUGUUCGUAAGCGUAAAUCAGGUAGCUGGAAAAUCUCCAGAUAACAGAGAACCGUGGCUAAUUUUAAUUAGAAGUGCGUUUUUAAAAGGCGCAAAUCAUUACCUAAAAAUAUUGCGAGGCAUUAGACAAAGUUCCUUCAGCGGAAACAAUUUUCUGUCCAAGUGAUCUGCUGUUCCAGUUUUUCUUUCACAAAAAUUCUCUCUUCCCUGCCUCAUUUAUUUUGUGCCUCCAAAGCGGUCAAGUCAUGAAAGUGUUACUUUCUGCUUGCGUAGAAAAGUAAAUUUAGCCGCAUUUACGAACUGUCAAACUUUCAACUUAUCGACUUUGUCAGAGCUCAGGAUUGAAUGAAACUGGAUUCUCUUGUUUUUGUUGUCUUUACAGGUGCCUCGACUGAAGACUUGCAAAUGAAAGUGAAAGAACCCUCAAGUUUUCGACCCUCGUCGUCUGAAAUGUGUGACAUGUUAGAGAAGGCAAACCUCGAAAACCGUGGCUUCCAAAAGGAAGUUGUCAGAAAGUCGUCUCAGAAGCCUGGAAGAACCGGAUCGGAUUUUGAAGUAAGAAUUAUGUAUACUAAGAGAAUACCGAGCAGUUUAUUUAUCUAUUUGUUUUUUGUUCAAUAUCAUACAUUUAUCUUUUACAAAAACCUAUAUUACUAAACAUUACUUACAAUACUAACUUUAUUUAGAUGUACAAUAAUAACAUUUUUACUAGCAACGCCGACAAUAUUAAUGUAAUAAUGAUCCUAACAAUACUUUCAAUAGUAACAGUACAAAUAGAUUACAGUAUAAUGUAAAAGCUUGCAAAAAAUGAUCGUAGCAUACUAACUAUUUUUUGAGAAAAAUUUGAAAGAUUAUGCAAGCAAUACCAUAAUUUUUUUCUUUUAUAAAUGUUUGUACGCUUUUCUUCCCUGAUAGGCGUUGCAAAUAUAAUAAACUCUGAUAAUGAUGAAACAUUACGAAAAAUAUUAGUUCAAAACUAAUCUUGUAUUAAAUGUUGUUACAGGGAAGUAUGUAAUACCUAGUUUAUUUUUUUUUAAACAGGGAAAUCUAUACAAAUUGGAUUGAUAAGUACCAUGUGUGCUUGUCGUUUCUGUGUAGGAAGAGGUGCAAGAGAACAAUUUAUAUUCUCUUGAUCAACGUUAAUGUUUAUGAUUGUAUACGAAAUGAACAAUACAUUUCAAACAGGCAGUUAUUUUUUUCUUUAGACGGUGUUCAAUUAUGAAAAGGUGGUGAACUGCUCUGUGGGAGCCAUUCAACAAAUGGGAGUGGAAUUGAACACAUCUUUGCCAGGUACUGAUCUUUAUAAGUGAGUCUGUAUUUAAAAUAAUCCAUUUAAAGAAUGUUAAAAGCUAAGAAUUAAAUACAGCUGGUUAAUGAGGCGCGUAAAACAAUUUCAAGACAUUUUCUGUUUUCGUAGAAAUUUUUUCAGUUUACUGAUCUCGAUAUUUUCCGUACCAUCUGCCAGGCUGACCAUUUCUUAUUGGCGAAAUAGUAAAGUACAUGUUCGUUUCUACUGCAUGGAAACAAUGAAUUAAAAUGUGUCCUAAUCAAUACGUAAACGCAACAUUGUUAUCCGAACGUGGCUUAUUGUUUUGCUACUGUUUAAGUUUGGUAAACGCAGUGAGGGUGCACCAUUAGUUUUUGCGAGUGUUUUUCGGAAAGGUGUAAUCUUACUGGCGAACAAUUUCUUCCUCUCCCAAGGUGCUUUCGGAAAGGAAAUGUCCCGCUGGGUAACAAAGGAAGUGAAAGGGAGGCAUUUCGACAGCAACGGGAAGUGUGCAUUGGGACUGGAAGUUGAUUUCAGGGGAGGCAAGGGCUGCGAUGUGAGAAGCAAGAGCAAGAAUGUAAAGAAAAGGAUCCGUCGACUCUUCGGCUUCAACAUUAAAGCAUCAAUAAGACUGAGGCUCAAGGGUCUGGUUUUCAGAGUUCCCCGUGUCAACUAUACCAGCUUUCUUUAGUUAUAUUUUAAACCUUGUUCUAUGGAAUGAUAGUGUAGAUCUUAG